AUGUCCCAAACAUCAACCACACCAACAACCACUACUGCACCGCCAACAUCUACCACAGCAACUACCACAGCAACAACCACACCGACAACCACAACUUCACCCCAGCUGGCCACCACACCGACAACCACUACUUCACCCCAAUUGGCCACGACACCUACAACCACUCCAGCGACCACGACUGCGCCCCAAACAUCCAGCACAUCUGCAACCACUCCGACGACCACUACUGUACCCCGUACAACAACCACAUAUACAAGUCCACCGACCACUACAGCGCCCCAAACAUCCAGCACACCAACAACCACUCCGACGACCACUACUGCGCCCCAAACAUCCAGCACAUCUGCAACCACUCCGACGACCUCUACUGCACCCCAAUUGGCCACGACACCUACAACAAGUCCAACGACCACGACUGCACCCCAAACAUCCACCACAUCUUCAACCACUCCGACGACCACUACUGCGCCCCAAACAUCCAGCACAUCUACAAUCACUCCGACGACCACUACUUCACCCCAAACAUCCACCACAUCUUCAACCACUCCGACGACCACUACUGCGCCCCAAACUUCCAGCACAUCUGCAACCACUCCGACGACCACUACUGCACCCCAAUUGGCCACCACACCUACAACCACUCCGACGACCACUACUGCGCCCCAAACUUCCAGCACAUCUACAAUCACUCCGACGACCACUACUGCACCCCAAACAUCCACCACACCUACAACCACUACUGCUCCCCAAACAUCCACCACACCUACAACCACUCCGACGACCACUACUGCGCCCCAAACAUCCAGCACAUCUGCAACCACUCCGACGACCACUACUGCACCCCAAUUGGCCACGACACCUACAACAGGUCCAACGACCACCUCUACACCCCGAUCUUCUACCACACCAACAACCACAGCGGUGACGACUACUGCACCCCAAACAUCCACCACACCAACAACCACUCCGACGACCACUACUGCGCCCCAAACAUCCAGCACAUCUGCAACCACUCCGACGACCUCUACUGCACCCCAAUUGGCCACCACACCUACAACAAGUCCAACGACCACGACUGCACCCCAAACAUCCACCACAUCUUCAACCACUCCGACGACCACUACUGCGCCCCAAACUUCCAGCACAUCUACAAUCACUCCGACGACCACUACUUCACCCCAAACAUCCACCACACCUACAACCACACCUACAACCACUACUUCACCACAAACAUUCACCACACCUGCAACCACUCCGACGACCACAACUGCGCCCCAAACAUCCAGCACAUCUUCAACCACUCCGACGACCACUUCUGCACCCCAAACAUCUACAACCACUCCGACGACCACUACUGCGCCCCGUACGACCACCACACCUACAACAAGUCCAGCAACCACUACUAUGUCCCAAACAUCAACCACACCAACAACCACUACUGCACCACCAACAUCUACCACAGCAACAACCACACCGACAACCACUACUUCACCCCAAUUGGCCACGACACCUACAACCACUCCAGCGACCACGACUGCGCCCCAAACAUCCACAACAUCUACAACCACUCCGACGACCACUACUGUACCCCGUACAACAACCACAUAUACAAGUCCACCGACCACUACAGCGCCCCAAACAUCCAGCACAUCUGCAACCACUCCGACGACCACUACUGUACCCCGUACAACAACCACAUAUACAAGUCCACCGACCACUACAGCGCCCCAAACAUCCAGCACACCAACAACCACUCCGACGACCACUACUGCGCCCCAAACAUCCAGCACAUCUGCAACCACUCCGACGACCUCUACUGCACCCCAAUUGGCCACGACACCUACAACAAGUCCAACGACCACUACUACCCCCCAAACAUCCACCACACCAACAACCACUCCGACGACCACUACUGCGCCCCAAACAUCCAGCACAUCUGCAACCACUCCGACGACCUCUACUGCACCCCAAUUGGCCACCACACCUACAACAAGUCCAACGACCACGACUGCACCGCAAACAUCCACCACAUCUUCAACCACUCCGACGACCUCUACUGCGCCCCAAACAUCCACCACAUCUUCAACCACUCCGACGACCACUACUUCACCCCAAACAUCCACCACAUCUUCAACCACUCCGACGACCACUACUGCGCCCCAAACUUCCAGCACAUCUUCAACCACUCCGACGACCACUACUUCACCCCAAACAUCCACCACACCUACAACCACUACUGCUCCCCAAACAUCCACCACACCUACAACCACUCCGACGACCACUACUGCGCCCCAAACAUCCAGCACAUCUGCAACCACUCCGACGACCACUACUUCACCCCAAACAUCCACCACACCUACAACCACUCCGACGACCACUACUGCGCCCCAAACUUCCAGCACACCUACAACCACACCUACAACCACGACUUCACCACAGACAUCCAGCACAUCUGCAACCACUCCGACGACCUCUACUGCACCCCAAUUGGCCACCACACCUACAACAAGUCCAACGACCACGACUGCACCCCAUACAUCCACCACAGCAACAACCACUCCGACGACCACUACUGCGCCCCAAACUUCCAGCACAUCUACAAUCACUCCGACGACCACUACUUCACCCCAAACAUCCACCACAUCUUCAACCACUCCGACGACCACUUCUGCGCCCCGUACGACCACCACACCUACAACAAGUCCAGCAACCACUACUAUGUCCCAAACAUCAACCACACCAACAACCACUACUGCACCGCCAACAUCUACCACAGCAACUACCACAGCAACAACCACACCGACAACCACUACUUCACCCCAGCUGGCCACCACACCGACAACCACUACUUCACCCCAAUUGGCCACGACACCUACAACCACUCCAGCGACCACGACUGCGCCCCAAACAUCCACAACAUCUACAACCACUCCGACGACCACUACUGUACCCCGUACAACAACCACAUAUACAAGUCCACCGACCACUACAGCGCCCCAAACAUCCAGCACACCAACAACCACUCCGACGACCACAACUGCGCCCCAAACAUCCAGCACAUCUGCAACCACUCCGACGACCACUACUGCACCCCAAUUGGCCACGACACCUACAACAAGUCCAACGACCACGACUGCACCCCAAACAUCCACCACAUCUUCAACCACUCCGACGACCACUACUGCGCCCCAAACUUCCAGCACAUCUACAAUCACUCCGACGACCACUACUUCACCCCAAACAUCCACCACAUCUUCAACCACUCCGACGACCACUACUGCGCCCCAAACUUCCAGCACAUCUGCAACCACUCCGACGACCACUACUGCACCCCAAUUGGCCACAACACCUACAACCACUCCGACGACCACUACUGCGCCCCAAACUUCCAGCACAUCUACAAUCACUCCGACGACCACUACUUCCAGCAACCACUACUAUGUCCCAAACAUCAACCACACCAACAACCACUACUGCACCACCAACAUCUACCACAGCAACAACCACACCGACAACCACUACUUCACCCCAGCUGGCCACGACACCUACAACCACUCCAGCGACCACGACUACCACUACUGCACCCCAAUUGGCCACGACACCUACAACAGGUCCAACGACCACCUCUACACCCCGAUCUUCUACCACACCAACAACCACAGCGGUGACGACUACUUCACCCCAAACAUCCACCACACCUUCAAACCUACAACCACUCCGACGACCACUACUGCACCCCAAUUGGCCACGACACCUACAACAGGUCCAACGACCACCUCUACACCCCGAUCUUCUACCACACCAACAACCACACCGGUGACGACUACUGCACCCCAAACAUCCACCACACCUUCAAGUCCAACGACCACUACUACCCCCCAAACAUUCACCACACCAACAACCACUCCGACGACCACUACUUCACCCCAAACAUCCACCACAUCUUCAACCACUCCGACGACCACUACUUCACCCCAAUUGGCCACCACACCUACAACCACUCCGACGACCACGACUGCACCCCAAACAUCCACCACGACCACUACUGCGCCCCAAACUUCCAGCACAUCUUCAACCACUCCGACGACCACUACUUCACCCCAAACAUCCACCACACCUACAACCACUACUGCUCCCCAAACAUCCACCACACCUACAACCACUCCGACGACCACUACUUCACCCCAAACAUCCACCACACCUACAACCACUCCGACGACCACUACUGCGCCCCAAACAUCCAGCACAUCUGCAACCACUCCGACGACCACUACUUCACCCCAAACAUCCACCACAUCUUCAACCACUCCGACGACCACUACUGCGCCCCAAACUUCCAGCACAUCUACAAUCACUCCGACGACCACGACUGCACCCCAAACAUCCACCACAUCUUCAACCACUCCGACGACAACUACUGCGCCCCAAACUUCCAGCACAUCUACAAUCACUCCGACGACCAGUACUUCACCCCAAACAUCCACCACAUCUUCAACCACUCCGACGACCACUACUGCGCCCCAAACUUCCAGCACAUCUACAAUCACUCCGACGACCACUACUUCACCCCAAACAUCCACCACACCUACAACCACACCUACAACCACUACUUCACCACAAACAUCCACCACACCAACAACCACUACUGCACCCACAUCUACAAUCACUCCGACGACCACUACUUCACCCCAAACAUCCACCACAUCUUCAACCACUCCGACGACCACUACUGCGCCCCAAACUUCCAGCACAUCUACAAUCACUCCGACGACCACUACUUCACCCCAAACAUCCACCACUCCGACGACCACUCCGACGACCACUACUGCGCCCCAAACUUCCAGCACAUCUACAAUCACUCCGACGACCACUACUUCACCCCAAACAUCCACCACACCUACAACCACUACUGCUCCCCAAACAUCCACCACACCUACAACCACUCCGACGACCACUACUUCACCCCAAACAUCCACCACAUCUUCAACCACUCCGACGACCACUACUUCACCCCAAACAUCCACCACACCUACAACCACACCUACAACCACUACUUCACCACAAACAUCCACCACACCUGCAACCACUCCGACG